GGCAAUGUUGCUCAUGGCCGCGCACUGUUGUUUUGAAAGCUUUUUCUGUAAUGAAGACCGAACAAUCAUUGUCAAAAAUGAAAGAGGAAAUUGUAGAUAAAGAUUUGUUUUCGGAUUCUACAGCAUCUGUUGUUGAAGGUUGUCGGUUACCUGUACGGAUGAGGAAUACAGAAGACUGGCCUCUAGCAGAAGUACUCAGUGUCAAAGAUGUCUGCAACAUCAGGAUGUUUUAUGUUCAUUACAUUGACUUCAACAAACGGUUGGAUGAUUGGGUAUCAGAAGAUUUUUUAGACACCAGAAAAAUCCAGUUUCCAAGAAAAGAUGGUACUCAAGUAGGAACAGGCUUGAGCACUCCUAAGAAAGUUGGAGGAACUACUGGUUCCUCACGUCCAUCGUCACCACUUGGUGUGUCUGGCGCAUCAGAUCUUACUGUAAAUGGCUCUGCAUUAUUGGCUGCAGCAAUACAAAAGAGAAAUGGUAGAAAGCGCAAAAUUGGAGAUAAAGAGGAGCCCAGUCCAGGAGCUCCAAUUCCAGUUCCACCUGCUAAGAAACUAAUAAAAAUUGAAAAAGAAAUCCCACCUCUGCCACCACCCAUAGCCACAGAUACCUGUGUGGCUCCUUCAAAUGACACAGUUUGUGAAGUGGGUGACACUCCCUCCCCAGCUCCACCGUCCACACCUGCACCGACAACACCUGGGCCACGUCAGUCAGGCAGUCUUGUCACACAUCACGAUGACGUUGUGACGCGAAUGAAAAAUAUCCAAAUGAUUGAACUUGGUAGACACAGAAUAAAACCUUGGUAUUUCGCACCUUAUCCUCAGGAAAUGGUUCAUCAAGCUUGUAUUUAUAUAUGCGAGUUUUGUCUCAAGUACCGGAAAAGUGAAAAAUGUCUAGAGCGACAUCUGAUGAAAUGCAAUCUUAGACAUCCGCCAGGCAAUGAAAUCUACCGCAAACAGACUAUCUCUUUUUUUGAAAUCGACGGCCGUAAAAAUAAAGCAUACGCUCAGAAUUUAUGCCUGCUAGCCAAACUCUUCCUUGACCACAAGACACUGUAUUACGACACUGAUCCGUUCCUCUUUUACGUCAUGACUGAAGUGGAUUCGCGGGGCUUCCACAUCGUCGGCUACUUUAGCAAAGAAAAAGAGAGCUCAGAAGACUACAAUGUUGCUUGCAUCCUUACCCUACCGCCUUACCAACGGAAGGGAUAUGGAAAGCUUCUUAUUGAAUUUAGUUACGAGCUAUCUAAAUUUGAAGGAAAGACAGGAUCGCCAGAGAAACCUUUGUCAGAUUUAGGGUUGCUGUCCUAUCGCAGUUACUGGGCUUUUACAAUCUGUGAUAUUCUUAUGAAUAUGAAACCAUCCAGUGAAGGCGAAAGACCUCAAAUUACGAUCAAUGAAAUUUGCGAAAUGACGAGCAUAAAAAAGGAGGACGUGGUGUCCACCUUACAGCACUUAAACCUCAUAAAUUACUACAAGGGGCAGUAUGUACUCAUUUUGAAUGAAGAAGCCAUGAAAAAUUGCAUAAAAAACAAAGAGAAAUGGAAGUUGCACAUUGACCCCAAAUGCUUGCACUGGACCCCGAAGGAUUGGUCCAAGAGGGGGAAAUGGUGAUGAGAUCGUGAUACCUAAAACCCAUUCCACGAUCUUACUACUUGUUUUCUUUAAAAAAUUAAAUAAAAAUACACUCACAAUUUCUAUGUACAAGAA